AUGGUGAAAAAGGAAUUAUCAAAAUUUUGGUUCAACAACUGGUUAAAACGUCAGAAUUACAUUAUUGUCACCUUGGAAUUUGCAAUUGCUAUUUUAACACUGUACACUUUGUUAAUGGCAGUUCGAGAUAUUGUUGGACCAACUGCUUUAUUAUUUGAAUCAAUGGAUAAUUUAUUUCAUAGUAUUGUUAUGGCUGUCGAUAAACAAUAUGUGAAGUCGAAUGUGAGUUUCAGUGACCCUGAAUCCUUAAACUUAUAUAAAUUACUCAGAGGACCAACGCCCACAUUGAUUUUCAUACAUUUAUUAGUGAUUGUGUUCAACUCAAUUUGUAUUGUAUUGGCAUCUAUAUGUCGGGCAGAUUAUUUCAUGAAAGUUAGUAUCAUCGUCAUGGGUUUCCUUCUGUUUGCCGAUGCUGGUGUCUUCUUAACACUGAUUUAUAUAAAUAGAAAAACUCAUAUGUACAGUUUUAUCAGAGAAUUAGAAUUGGUUCAGACUGAGUAUUUAGGAGCUGAAACCAAUAACUUCCCAACCCUAUUGUUUAAUUACAUUCAGCAACACUUAGAAUGUUGUGGCAUUUAUACGUAUACUGAAUGGUUAAAUCCAAGUAUUAAUUGGAAACGCGAAGUGACUUAUAAUAAUGUAACAUACGAAAUUGAUUUGCCUAUCAGUUGCUGCCCAGAUCUCAAUCGUACCCAUCCACCCAGUUGUGCACAGGUAGAAAUCUGUGGACACCCAUUUUUUCAAGGUUGCGGAGAAAUGCUAUUACAGCAUAGCUUUUUUCACACUACAAGUAUUCCCGAGAGACUGUAUACCUUGUUGUAUUUUGUUUCGCACAUUCUCACAGUCACUUUAUAUAUUAUCAAAAUAAAUUUAAGUGAACGUAAAAAUGAAAAUCAGUCACUAUUCUAUGAAGGACGUCUUUUUGAAGAUGGAAAAGCGACAAAUGAGACUGUAGCGGAGGAACCAGAAGAAUUAAUUAGAGGUGCAGGAACUUCAAGACGUAUCACAGGAUUUAUUUCACAAAAGAAGAUUACACAUAAAAGUGAUAGUUAUAUGUAUUGA